UUUUGCAUCAGCGUGUUUUUAAUUUUAUUUAAGUUUUAGUUAUUUAUAAUAAGUACAAUGGAAUCGCAUAAGGGGAUUCUAUUUUAUGAAAAAUGCAGGUUAUGCCUUGAUAAAAAUGGUGUGAAAGAUAUAUUCAACGUAGCAGACUUAUCAGAAAAUAUACUUACUUUUGCUGGAGUAAAAGUGAGUCCUUUGGACAACUUACCACAGAAAAUUUGUUUAAAAUGUUUGGAAAUUGUUGUAAAUGCAAAAGAGCUAAGAUUACUUGCAACAAAAAACGAUGACCAUCUGAGAUCCCUUUUUGGCAACGACGACGAAGAGCCUGAUAAUAUUACUAACAUUUCUUUAGUCGAGAGAACAUACUUAGAACCACAAGUGAUAAUCAAUAGUGAAGAGGAAAACUACAAGACAAAGAAGAUAAAAGUGAAAGAAGAGAAAAGUAAUGACAUGCUGUCGCUAAAUACAGAUAAAACUGAUGAGAAACGAACAAAAGAGAUUAAAGUAAGGAAGGAUUUAUUUGAACCGUCAUCUGCCAAACUCAAUAAUUCAGUCAUCAAGGUACAUUCAAAGGGAGAUUAUGAAAAUGUAAAGAAAAAAAUUAAACUUGAGCAUAAUCUUGAUUUUGAAAGUGUACAAUACGAAUGUGAGAAAUGUUCAAAAUCCUUUGAAACUUGGAAGAAGCUGUACUUACACGUAAGGUUGCACAAUAAAAAGAUGCCCUGCCCCUGCGACGGGUGCGGAAAGAUGUUUGCAACUAAAGGAGAUCUGGAGAAACAUCUUCGUACACAUACUGGAGUACGACCAUAUGUCUGUGACAUAUGUGAGAAAAGCUUCACUCAACAUGGUACCCUCAAAGUGCACAAGGAAACAGUACAUUAUAGUUUUGUGUUACCACACGCGUGGUUGGCCUCCUUGGAAAACUGGUCGCGGCGGCUGAGGCCGGCGGCGGCGGCGGGCGGCGGGCUGCCCCCCCGCAGCAGCUCCUCGCGCUCUCGCCGCGCGCUCACACGCGCACUAGUCUUCGAGAACUCUUGCUGUGCGGUAGAAAAAAUAGAGAAAUGGACAAAAGACGUAACAGAGUUGUAUGGUACCCCAGAUAUGGAACAAGGAAAAGAGGACGACAGCAGGAAACAUGUGGAGAAGGCUGAAAAUGUGAAAAUAAUACGUGUUAAAGUAUUUACGGACAUUCUCUUUACCAAACAAGGACAAACAGAGUUCGAUACUGCAGUCAAAAUGGCUGCUACGAAUAGAAUACAGCAGAAUUUCAAGUUCGACAAAAUAUGUCGAGCUUGUUUGCAAAUAAAAAAGGACAUGAGACCUCUAUUUGAGCAGCUUACGGCUACUAUGUUGAUGGGGAUAUCCAAAGUGGAGGUGGCUGUGGGUGACGGUCUUCCAGCCCAGUUAUGCCUGCAAUGCGUGCACCAGAUAUCCCGUUGUCAUGCGUUCAAGGAGCUGGUAGAACGGAAUGACGUCACAUUGCGUGAACACGCCAAGUUAUUAGCGGAUGCGGAAGCGGUCAAGAGCGAGGAUAAAGUGCUAAUAAACUGCAUAGAGCCGGCAUACUCUCAGUUCAUUGAGCUACCUUUGAACAACAACCCCGUGCUGGAAGGGUUCUUCGGUCAGGAGCAGACAGUGUCAGACUUGCCAGCAAAGAGCGAAUUCCCAGUCAAUAGCGUUUCUAGCGUGGACAGCAGUUCAAUGCAAACAGCAACCACAUCAAAGGAUGAGGAAGCAUUGAACUCUGAUGAAGAGAAUUACCUCCAACUAGUGGUCUUCCAGGCCACAUCCACCGUGGCCCCAGGUAGACACGUCUGCAACCUCUGUCAUAAGGAGUUUAAACAUGCGCGGUGGCUGAAACAGCACAUGAGGUCCCAUACCAACUGGAUCAAAGCCAAUUGUAAGAAGCCACCCAUGUGCCAUAUUUGUGAACGCACUUUUAAGGGUCCAGGAAUGCUAAAAAUGCACAUGCGUACUCACGAACAACGCCCUCCAAAACAACCAACUUGUUCAGUUUGCCAACGAACGUUCCCAACAAAGACAUUGCUCUACCGCCAUAGACAGACACACUUCGAGCAAAAGACCCAUCAGUGCACUGUCUGUGAGAAGAGGUUCUUCAGUGGUUACGCCUUAAGGUCGCAUAUGGCGCGACACAGAGGGGAACGACCGUAUAUUUGCUCUAUGUGCGGCAAGAGCUUCUAUAACCCGACGGAUUUGAAGGUCCACUUCAGACUGCAUACGGGCGAAAAACCGCUGAAAUGUACGGAGUGCAACAAAUCCUUCCGUAGGCACUCGACGCUCUGCCAACAUAUGAAGAAACACCGCGGCAUACGCAACCAUGUGUGCACUAUAUGCUGCAAGGGCUUUUAUGAAGUGUCCAAGCUUAACGCGCACAUGAGAGUUCAUACUGGUGAGCGUCCAUUCGAGUGCACGUUCUGCGAGCGCAAGUUCGCGCAGCAGUCGGCGCUGAUCUACCACCGGCGCACGCACACCGGCGAGAAGCCCUACUCGUGCAAGAUGUGCCCCGCCAGGUUCACCACCUCCUCCGCACGGAACAACCACCUCGUCACGCAUACUGGCAACAAGAAAUUCGUGUGCCCACUCUGCUUCAAGGGCUGUACAUCUCGCUCAGAGCUGAGGGUACACUCGAGCAAGCAUACAGGCGAGAAGCUGUUCGCGUGCGAGCUGUGUGACCAGCGGUUCAGCUCCGCGUCGUACCUCGCCGUGCACCGCCGCCACCACACCGGCGAGAGGAAGUUCCACUGCAAUGUCUGCGGGAAAAGUUACAUCGAAUCGAGCGCAUAUAAGAAACAUUUGAAAACGCACGAAGUCAAAGCAGAAUCUGAAUCAUCGUCCAACUCUGAUAACAGUACUGAGGCCCCAAUGAUAGAGGGUAAUAAGAGCAAUGAAUGCUCCCAGGAGAGCCAACCGUCGCCACCUAAUUCCAUAGCCGAAGAUGACAGCCAAGGCCAAAUGACACCAGUUCAGGCGACAAUAACCAUCACUGGUCAACCACAGAACCAGAUACCCCAAGUCCAAGUUCAGAUUCCUCAGAGUCAGGUGCCUCCGGUACAACAGGAGGUCCAAAUCCAGGAUACCCCGAGUACUCCAACCCAGAAGAGGUACAAAUGUGGAUUGUGCGUGAAAACGUAUAUGUACUUGCAUAGUUUGAAGAAACAUAUGAUGACCCAUGUACAGGUCCAACAACAACAACAACAGCAGCAGCAGCAGCAGCAACAACAACAACAGCAACAGCAGCAACAACAACAACACGUGCAGGUGCAGCAACUGCAGCAGCAGCAGGUGGCGGCGCAGCUGCAGCAGCAGGCCGUGCUGCAGGUGGGCAGCGUGCAGCAGCUCGCCGUGCCCAUACACCAACACGUGCAGCAGGGCCUCGUGCAGGGCGGUCAACAUACUUAUCCGGUGAUAUCGUCAGUGCAGUCGCUUCAACUGCAACAAACGCAACAGCAGGUUAACACGCAGCAGCCACAGCAACUGCAAGUUCAAACUAUUCAGAUACACCCUCAACACCAGCCCAUACAGAUACACGCGGUGGGUGUUCAACAAGUGCAGCAACAACAGCUACACGUGGCCACGUCCACUUGUCAGACCAUGCUGCCUAACAUUCUACAGCUGCAGCCCGCGACCGUGACGGAGCUGGGUGGCGUGGCGCAUCGCAUCAUCCUGCAGCCGCAGACCUCCGCGCCGCACCCCGUCUACACCAUACAUCACCCUUAGACGGUGGCCAGACACACCGCACACCACCUCAAGAGUAGCCAGAUAGACACAGCGACAGAAUAAGCAAUGAUACGCACGACGUAUAGAAGAGUCAAUCCCCUCUGAUGAGAGUUUGAUUCAUCACUAAUUUAAGAGCCACGCUCUUGUCGGUGUAGCAUUCUCCAUGCUACGUUUUAGGGAAAAAUAGGACAGUGGGUUCCCUUUUACCUUCCGCCCCGCAGUAUUCUGUCUAAGGGUGGUAUUAAUAAACUAAUCUCAACUUCGAGACUGCUCUCAAGAUCAUGUCAAUGUGACAGUUCUUAUAUAAAAACAGGGACUUGAGCAUGAUCUUGAGGGCAGGCUCGUAUCUACUUCAGACCGUAGCGUAUGGAACGCAGAUUACCCGUUUUGCUCGCACGCAAGUAUGUACGGUCACAAGCAUUAACAUGUAUGGGUCGUUCUUCUUUUUUAUCGACAAUAAAGAGACAUUUUCUCGAUUUAUCGGAUUUAACAUCUUUAAAAUUAUAACGGCAAUAAAUAUUUUAAAACAUCAUAUAAAGAUAUGUCUGUAGAGGACUAUUUAGUGGUUCUCUUUAUCUUGGUAACAUACUUUUCUUUGCAGGCGCAUUCCAAAAAAUAUUGUGACAGAGUGGCCCUUUUCAUCGGAGACAGCAUUUCAAUUUACCACUCUGUCACAUAAUUUUGUGAAAAACGAUCAAGCUACGUUAAUAACUAAUUGAGGAACCGAUUAGUAUUUUGCUUGUAUUUUGAGUAUAAUAAGAUAACUAUAUUUUUGGACAAUCAAAACAUGAAAUAAAAUUCUAAAACAUAACUUAUCAGAAGCAGAACGAAGGACAGAUCAUUGUCGAUAAAAAAGAAGAACAACCCGUAUACACUUUGGUACCAUGUCACAUUAACUUUUUUGACUAAUUGAACUGUAAGUCUCACUAAAUGUCAAAUAUGUUAGUACGACAGAGUCCUAAAGUGGGUACAUUAUAUUGCUCAUGACUGUACAUGUACAAAAACUGAAUGUGUAGUGUCUGCAGGGUCGAUCAAUCGCCGUUUUAUCUCUCGGACGCUGUAAUUGUUCGACUCCACAAGUCUUCGCUUCUACCCGUUCUGAUGGAAACCUGCACAGAUACAACAAGCAACCUCACUGAAAGGGUAGGCAGAGGUUUAUAGGUUUACCCACUCCUCGCCAGCUAGUUUAAGUUCUAUGUGGCGAGCGUAUUCCCAUUUACCGGACAUAAAUCCUGGAAACAAGUUAUUUAUGAUACAAAUAUGACCUUUCAGUCAGUUAGCUCGUGGGUACGGGACCAUACCCAGCAACUACACAACGACAGAUGGGCACAGCUGCCCACAUGCAGACAGUCGAAGGAUAUCAUGCCUAUGAUAUCCAAG